UCGCUUGAAAAUAAUGAAAAAGAAACCUUACCUCCUAAAGAGAUGGCCAAAAAACUAUAUAAUGAUAUUAUGAUAAUUGGUUGUGAUGAAAACUUGGAAAAUGAAUCUGCUGGAAUUAACUUCGAAUGUGAUAUUACAUUGGACAAUAUUAAAGAAGCGGAAGAUAGUCCCCAUGAAAUUUCAAGAAAGAUUGCUGAUUUGAUUGAUCCUAAUCAGCAAAGAGAUCGUGAGUCAAUAGAACGAUUCGACUGUGGUGGUACUCUUCGAAUUACUAUAAAUAUGAUGAAUGAUAGUGCCUUUAUUUACCUUAAGCACAAAACUUUACAUCAACAGCCUGAAAGAAAUCGUGUUACUGACAAAAUCAAAAAUAAAAUUAAGGAAAACCUUCAAUUAGCCCCAAGUGAUAUUUAUAGUAUGAUAGAGCAAGAUUUUCCAGAGAUAUCGCAAAAGCAAAUUCAUGCAUGGUGGACGGUAUUUAUCCAAAAAGAGUUUAUUCGCGAUGAUGAUCAAGUGAAUUCAGCAAAAAUGUUUUUAGAAGAGCAUAAUUUGCAAGUUAUUAUGUUCAAUAAUAGUAAUGGA